AACAGGAGUGUUUACAGGAAACAUGGCUUCCUUGGCUGUUGGAGAGCUUCAAGAAAUGGAAGUGGACCGAAGGGGUGAGUCUGAGGAGUCUGGUGAUGAUGAGACCAGGAGGAAGAGCAUCAAUGGCGACGUGGACCCCAAUCAGCCCUCUACCACAAGUAAAGAAGAGUCUCCUGUUGACAUGGACACCAUAACUUUGGACCCAGAGGAAGAGGAUGUUGAUCUUGUUCAUUGUCGUAUUGGAAAAAUUGAAGGACUGGAGGUGCUACAGAAGGCUAAAACACUCUCCUUACGACAGAACCUCAUCAAAAAGAUAGAAAAUCUCGACAGUUUGAGCUCACUGCGGGAACUAGAUCUCUACGACAAUCAGAUCCGCAAACUAGAGAACCUGCACAGCCUCACAGAGUUGGAGCAGCUCGACGUGUCCUUCAACAUUUUGAGGAAGGUGGAGGGUUUGGAGCAGUUGACUCAGAUCAAGAAACUUUUUUUGCUUCACAAUAAAAUUAAUGGCAUUUCCAACGUGGACCAUCUCUCAGUUUUGGAGAUGCUGGAGCUGGGCUCCAAUCGCAUUAGGGUUAUUGAGAACCUGGAUGCACUCUCAUCUUUGCAAAGUUUGUUUCUCGGUACUAAUAAAAUAACUAAGCUUCAGAAUCUGGAGGGUUUACACAACCUGACUGUUUUAAGCAUUCAGAGUAACCGGAUUACUAAAAUUGAGGGCCUACAGAACCUUGUCAACCUGAGAGAGCUCUAUCUGAGCCACAAUGGCAUUGAGGUUAUUGAGGGCUUGGAAAACAACAAAAAACUCACCACCCUGGACAUCGCAGCCAAUCGAGUAAAGAAAAUUGAAAACAUCAACCAUCUGACAGACCUGCAGGAGUUCUGGAUGAACGAUAAUCAAAUAGAUAACUGGUCAGAUCUCGAUGAGCUGAAGAACGCCAAGUCACUGGAGACGGUCUACCUUGAAAGAAACCCGCUACAGAAGGAUCCACAGUACCGGCGAAAGAUCAUGCUGGCGUUGCCCAGCGUACGUCAGAUCGACGCCACCUUUAUCCGCUUCUAAACUGCAGCGUACGAUUCACCUGCCAACUUCACAGUGUUCUCCCUCACCUCCCUGCCUGCCCUGCCUACACAAACAAAACCUUCUGACACACAUCGGCCUCACUGAAUCAUAUAGUCGCUCCAUCCACGGUAUACAUUCCAACACAGAAGUCACCCGCGGCUCACUCAACAUACAUGUAUGCAUGUAUGCACUCACUCAAUCCUUGAUCUAUGCUGUCAUGUGGAAGCUUUUAUUUAUUAAGGUGGAACUGUGAAAUUGGAAAAAAAAAUUACCCCACACUCAUCUCCUCAUUUUUCCUCUGCACCUUUUUUUCUUUUGUUGUUUUGCAUGUGGGAUACAGUAUGGAGACAUCUGUCUUCUAUCAUGCGGUGCCCAUCACAAAAUCUUGUCUUAUUUAUCGCAUUGUGGAAGUUGCACUGUUAUCAUAUUGGAAGAAAGGAGGGCAUUCUUAAUAUAUGAGCGGUUUUGGUUGACCAGAAUGGUACAGGUUUCUGAAGUUGUGCAAAAUACGGAUUCAACAUUAAAGGGAAAGUCCAUAAUAAAAAUAGAACUUACAUAGUUUAACCUUCAGAAUACUACCUAUCUUCUCAUUUGGCUUCCGUAUGCGUCACAACUGUCCUAAACUCGACUGUUAGACAAACAUCUAAAACGAAGCCUAAGAUGCCAUAUUGACACCACGCCGUUUUCAAACAACUCAACGAAGUGGCGGUUUGCGUACAUCAGCCUUUUUAAGGAAAACAUAUCCUUUACAGUUUAAACUGAUGUAUCAUUUUAAUAAACUGGUGUUGUUACUCACAAAGGGCAAGUUUUGAUGUCCAGCAGCCUUGUCUACUCCUUGUCCAAAUAUUUUACAGCUCGUAGAUCCAUUUGCUGAUUAACAAGAGUGACCUCUGCAGUAAAAUAAAACUCAUGAGAAUGUAAAACGUGUCCAUAAAGAUGGUUUUUGUAAUCAGUGUCACCAUCACCUCGUAGUUGUUUUGGGUUUGUUUUUUUUUUAAGCUUGAUUACAUCACUGAUUACCGCCUUGGCUCUCUUUUGACUUUGAGAAAAUUGUUCAUAUACUUGAUUUGAAUAGAUAGCAGUUGAAAAAUAGAAUGUUUUUUUGAAUUGAAUUUACAUUAUAAUGGCUGGACUGAUCUCACAUAAGUGUUAACUAAUGUAAGAUAAGCUACUUAAUGCACAGACAAUUUUCUAAUCGCAUUUUGGAAUUCAAAAAUUUCAAAUGUACAAAGACACCACAAUGAUACAUUAGGCCCUCAGGAUUGCUUAGAAAUAGGAAUUCAUGUGUAUUUAUUGACCGUAUUUGCCAUAGGAUUUCUUAGAAACAAUGACAUGACCACCUGGAACCAAACGCAAAUUAACUAUUCUUGUGGUCUCAUGUAAAUAACGCUUGAGUAAAUUUACUCUCCAUUACGAUUAUAAAUUGAUGCAUUUUUUUGUAUUAAAAUCAUUCCCCACCUCAGGGUUGAAAGGUCAUGUGUUAAUACAGAGGCAUCAAAUUUUACUGCAUUAGUGAGUUUAAAUGAACACUCCUAAAAUCGGUGCUCUCUGUGCAACAUAAAAUGCUGAUCAUUAUGAUCUAAUCCUUUUUAUUUGUAUUUAUCACAAGAUUUAAAUGGUUAAAGUGCCCUCGAUUAAUAUUGAAUUUCCCUUUGCAGGCAAGAAAAUAAGAGCAUAAAACGCUGAUGUGUGUCGUAGAAUAGAUGUCUUUAGCUGAUAAUUUGCUGUUUUUGAAAUGGAAAUUAUGAUUACAGAUCUUUUAAAUCCAUGUGUUCACGGUUAGCAAUCGUGACCAGAAAUCAAAUGUAUUUAUGAGCCCAUAGCAGACUAUCAGCAAGAGCAUUAGGCAUUACUGAUAUGAAUGUAAUGUUGUUUUAUAUUUCAGUUUAACCAAAGUGACUGUACAAUUGGCCAGUGGGAUUGACAGCGUCACUUUGUGUAUUUGUAUAUAUAGUUUAGACAUCUCAUGAUGUAGAAAUUCAGUGCCAUCAUCAUCUUCCCUUUGUAAAGUGAUCUUCUUUUUUCUCUUGUUUUGUUUAUGCCAGGCAGCACAACAGAUUUGUGUGAGAUAUCAUAAUAAAGAUAAAAUGGCUGAAGGAGCAGUUACUAAAAUUACUAUUAGCUUCUUGUUGUUAGAACUGAGUCUUUGGGUUUGGGACUUGGUUGAUGCCGUUUUCAAACUGAAUGUAUUAUGCAAAUAACAAUAAAAUGACACUACUUAAGAAGCAA